GGGUCUAACCCUGUGGUCCUUAGAGAGUCAGUCAGUAGGUCAGUGUGUCCGGGUAGGUCUACGUGGUGAGGAGUGGGACCCUUGUCGUGCACCAACACCACGAUGGAUGACUAUCCGAUGUAUGGGCUACUUGUUGGGUUCUCCCUCUGGGGAACCCUCUGGCGUCUCCUCUUUCCGUUGGGCUUCUGGCCCACCUUUGCGCGUAGAGUAGGGCCCACUCGUGGUGGUACUGCCACCCAGCCAUACACGAAGGAGGAGGAGGAGAAGAUGGCCGCCAUCCUGCAGGAGAGAAAGGAGAAGGAGGCCAAGAAGAAGGCCUUGAAAGAGGAACAGGCGGCCAAAUUGAAGAAGAUGGAGGAAGAGAUGGCCAGGGAGAAAGAGAGGCUGAAAAAGGAAGAAGAAGAGAAGCUGAAGGAGGUGGAUGAAGAAGAGGAAGGUCCGCCACUACAAAAGAGUAGUGGGCAGCAUAGUGGCAGCAAUGGUGGGGACAUGGAGAAAAGGAUAUCCGAAUGGGUUGCCAACCUGUCURUGGGAGAAGAAGAAGAAGUGGCAAUGUACAUACCCCAGGAUGAUCAGGAAGCCUCUAUGAAAGCUUGGGAAGCAGAAAAAGAUGUGAAGCGGCAGGCGAUGGAAGAUGAAAAGAGGAUGGAAUGGAGAUUGGCAGUGAUGAGGGAGAAGAAAAGGAGAGUGGACGCGGCGGCGGAGGCGACAGAAGAAUUAGAGGAAGUAAAAAGGAUAGAGGAGCAACUAGCUGCCCAGACUGAACUCCCGGCCCAAAUGCGAGUCAUAGCUCGAAAUGUUGCACGCCUCGCACGAAUUCAGGGGGAGCAAUAUGACUUCAGUAGGAGUYAGCAUAUAGUUGUGCGUUCAAUAAAGUUGGGGUUUCGGGAAUUUGCGCGCAAGCUGGUAGGCCCUGUAGGAACCGAGGUGGGCCACCGCCUCGACAAGACCGAGCGGUUCUGUGCWAGCGCCAUUGAGGGCGUCAAGGCGGCAGCCCCCAAGGAGGAGGAAGCACGUCCUCCUCGUCGGGAACCAGUCAAGGUCAAAUUCCCUGAUUCCUACAGUGGAAAAAGGGAUGAGAACUUUGACAACUGGGAAGCUAACGUUAAGACCUAUGUGCACUUGCAACAGGUCUCCCCGGAUCAGCAGGUUCUGAUUGCGAUCCACGCGCUGAGAGAUGAGGCCGCCAGUUUUGCAAGGUCCCUAGUUCGCRCUGCCAACUGUAGUGAUGAUCCCGUUGCGUACUCCUCAUUUACGUCCCUCACUGRAUUCCUGAAGUUGCUGCGCGAGCGAUUUGUUGAUGUCGCUCGCAGUGUCAAGGCCUCAGACAAGCUCCAAACCAUCCAUUCUCGUAAAUGGAAGAGUGUCAGGGCACUCAAGGGUACAAUGGAUGAGUUGGUGGCCGUCCCUAACCACGGGGUCACAGAGGGCCAAUUGGUCAACCUCUUUUACCGAGCUAUGCCCGAAGCCUUUCGAGGGCAGUUCUUCGCAAAGAGCAAAGAUCCUGCCACCACUUACGAUUCCCUUAGCCGUGAAGUGGUGGCUUUUGAAGCGAAGUCCGUGUCCCUGUCUACCUUCUGGCACAAGGACUUGGACAGGGGAAAGCAAUGGAAAGGUCGCACUAUCUCAGGGCAGGUAAAGACUAAGGACARCCUUGUCCUGACUUUAGAUGARGGUAGUGUGGAUGAGAUCCCCUACGAUCAGAUUGAGUGGGGGCUAGAGGCGGAGGACAGUGGUGUGGGCCAGGGGAGAUCCUACGCUGCUGUCGCGGCUGGAGGGAGGCCGCAAGGAGGAAGGGGCCAGGGCCAAGGGGGCCGGGCCUCAAGGAACCGAUUUCAGGGCGAUCAGGGGGUUGGCGUCAGAGGAGGAAACCGCCAAGCGGGAGGCAGGGGUCAAGGCCGGUGUCUAGACAGUUGUCUCGAAACUGCUUGUGUUAGAGUUUCACUAGACACCUCCCUCACAGGCGUGGCCGAAGAGUUGAAGGAGAGGAUGCCCACCUGGGCCAAGAUGAAGAAGGAGAAUAAAGGGCAGCUUAUGUUGCUAGAUACAGAGAUUUUUGGAAGUAGAGUAGGGGCCCUAGUAGACUCAGGGGCCACUCGCAGCUAUAUUAGUAGGAAAGCGCUGCAAAAGUUGAGGCUGGGACUUAAAGUCCAGAAACUGACAGACCCCAUAGUUAGUAUCCUCGCGGACAAUCGCACUAUGGUUGUAGAGGAUUACGUAGAGGGAGUCCAGGCGUAUUUCCGCCUAGAGAAAGAUGGGAAAGUGGAAGAGAUUCUCCACUCCCUGACUCUCCUCGUAGAAGACAGCCUCCCCUUUGAUAUUGUUCUGGGAAUGGAUUGGGGAGAGGCAGUCGGGGCCACGCUCCAUUUGAAGGAGCACGAGUGUAGGCUCCCUAGUUCGUCAGGCGAGGCCAAAACUGCCCGCCUGUUCCAUGUGUCAGGUGUAGAGAAUUCCUUGGCGCACUGCUGCCUUAGUGCCCCCGCAUUCGCCAGACUGGUGAAGAAGGAGGGAUUGGAGGAACAGGUCUUUGUGGCCUAUGUUAGGUCAGUGACUGAGCCUACGGAGGAGAAGCCGAUGGACCCCACGAUUGCCAAGCUGCUGGAAGAGUUUAAGGAUUUGACUGAGCCGCCGACAGGCACGGUGCCGCGGCCCAUCCAGCACCGUAUUGAGAUAGAGCCUGGCAGUAGGACUCCUAAGGGUGCUGUGUAUAGGAUGUCCCCGCGGGAGUUAGAGGAGCUUCGCAAGCAGUUAGACGAGUUAGGCCCAGUUCGUCUCCUUUCGGAGCACCUGUCCUCUUUGUUCCUAAGAAAGAGGGAGAGCUGAGAAUGUGCAUAGACUAUAGGGGUCUGAAUGCUAUUACAGU